AUGGCAUGGGUGAAAUUCUUAAGAAAACCUGGGGGUAACCUUGGAAAAGUUUAUCAGCCUGGAAGUAUACUGUCCCUGGCCCCUACAAAAGGCUUAUUAAAUGAACCAGGACAAAACAGCUGCUUUCUUAAUAGUGCUGUUCAGGUAUUAUGGCAACUCGACAUAUUUCGACGAAGUUUAAGAGGUUUAACUGGACAUGUGUGUCAGGGAGAUGCAUGCAUAUUUUGUGCUUUAAAGGCAAUUUUUUCACAAUUUCAACACAGUCGAGAAAAAGCACUCCCAUCAGAUAAUAUGAGACAUGCCCUGGCAGAAAGUUUUAAAGAUGAACAGCGUUUCCAGCUUGGAUUCAUGGAUGAUGCAGCAGAAUGCUUUGAAAAUAUCCUUGAGAGGAUUCAUUUUCACCUAGUGCCAAACAGUGAAACAGAUAUGUGCACUUCUAAGUCCUGUAUUUCUCAUCAGAAGUUUGCUAUGACACUGUAUGAACAGUGUGUAUGUCGCAGUUGUGGAGCAUCAUCAGACCCGUUGCCUUUUACGGAAUUUGUGCGUUACAUUUCUACCACAGCCCUGUGUAAUGAAGUGGAAAGAAUGAUGGAGAGGCAUGAACGUCUCAAGCCAGAAAUGUUUGCAGAAUUGCUGCAGGCAGCAAAUACUAGUGAUGACUACAGAAAGUGUCCUAGUAACUGUGGUCAAAAAAUAAAAAUUCGUCGUGUUCUUAUGAAUUGUCCGGAGAUUGUCACAAUCGGUUUAGUCUGGGAUUCAGAGCAUUCUGACCUAACGGAAGAGGUUUUGCGGAAUCUGGCUACACAACUGUAUCUUCCUGGGCUGUUCUAUAGGGUUACAGAUGAAAAUGCCAAAAAUAGUGAACUUUUUCUUGUGGGAAUGAUUUGCUACACAAGCCGACAUUAUUGUGCCUUUGCCUUUCACACCAAGAGUUGCAAGUGGGUGCUGUUUGACGAUGCUAAUGUGAAAGAGAUUGGAACAAAAUGGAAAGAUGUGGUCUCCAAGUGCAUUCGAUGUCACUUUCAGCCAUUGUUGCUAUUUUAUGCUAACCCAGAUGGCACAGCUGUAUCUCCAGAAGAUGCUCCAAAGCAGAUUAUUCAUUGGUCUCAAUGCAAAGCAGUGGGAGGAAAUGGGGAAGACUUGGGAUUUGAAAAACAUUCUGCUCCAAAAUCAGACCACAUGAAAGAGAAUGGAAUUGGAGACUCCACUAAUCAAAGGAGUAAUAAAAAACUUCAGCCAGAUAAUUCAGGAUUUAGUAGAAGCCAUAUUCAGGCUAGUGGUGGUAGAGGUCCAGCUAAGUUAGGUUACAGUGAUCAAAAGGACAGGCUGAAGGACAUAUCCAGAGAGUGUGCUCAGAAAGUUGCUGAUAUGAAAAACUUCUCAUCUUUACGGAAAGAUGUGGACAGAGGACCAAGAAAAGAGUCUGGAAGACAAAGAGAUUUGAUUGGGGAAGAUCAUUCCAAUGUUAAGUCGGGAUCUCCUCCAGUUGGAAAUGGACUUAGACAAUGUGCUGAUCAGCGCAUAUACAGCAGCCAGGGAAGAGGCACCUACAAGCAUGACAAUGCACCUCACCAAGCAAAGCUUUCUAUACAGGUGCUUGGAUCAAAUAAAACAGAAGGUUUUCCUGCUGGGGAUAAAUCAAUGAUCAGGACCCGGACUGAUGGUGUCACUGGCUACGAUACAGACACCAGUCAAGACUCUAGGGACAAAGGAAGUAGCAGCAGAAGCAGAAGUAAAGGUUGGAAGCCUAUGCGAGAGACACUAAACGUAGACAGCAUUUUCAGUGAGACUGAGAAAAAACAGCAUAGCCCAAAGCACAAGGCAAAUCCUAACAGUAAAUCCAAGCAUGAAAAGGAACGAAGCUUUAACCAUUGGCCAAAAGAGAACCAAAUCCAGAAAGGUUUAAUGACUAUAUAUGAAGAUGAAACAAAGCAGGAUACAGGAAGUCGAAGUUCGCUGGACUCGGAGGGGAAAGGGAAUGCUGAAAAAAGCAAAGGACUCACAGAGAGAAAAAUCCAUGGUGAUAACUGGCAAAUUCAGAGGACAGAGUCUGGAUAUGAAAGCAGUGAUCAUAUCAGCAAUGGAUCUGCAAAUCCGGACUCACCUAUUAUUGAAGGAAUCAAUCCGGCAGAUGUCAAGAAUGUUAAAGAAAGUGCUUCCUCCAGGAAGGAAUUAGCAGGGUGUUUGUCAGCUACCUAUUUGCAUUGCGAACAGAACUUGUCAACCAAAAAAGCUGAUAAUGUGUUGCAUUCAAUAUCCCAGCAGAACAGAAACUUCUAUG